AUGGCAGGAGGGCGCAGGGGCAUAUCUCCAUCUGAAGAGAGCUGCCCAUAUGCUAGACUGAUAGUCAAGUAUAUGUUGUUUGUCUUCUGCUUCAUAUACUGGGUGAGUAAUCCUCUUGACAUUUAUUUCGACUAUUUUGAUUUGAUUUGAUUUGAUUUGAUUUGAUUUGAUUUUAAAAACAGAAACAGCCUUUAUUCCUUUAUUUCUUCGCCCUGAAGUUGCUUACUAAACUCUUGUCAUUUAAUAAUUCAGAGAGUUAUAGGAAAAGUCUCCUUGUUUAACCUCAGAGAUGUUUGCUGCACAUCUUGGACAAGUUCAUUUUUACUUAACUCAGGAAUGUUUGAUCAGAUUUAGAGUUUUCUUCAUGUCACUAACAACACGUUAACACUUAAAUCAUCCACCAAGACUCGUGAUCUUGCUUAUUUAAAGAUUAUAUUAAAGUAGGGGCAGUUCUGCUAACUUUGCCUGUAAAGUCAUGUUUAUAAUUGCAAAGGUUUAGACUCAAAAGUUCGCCCUAAUAUAGCGACAUCAAGAUCAGCAGUUUUCACACUUUGCAUAUUUUAAAGCAGAUCUCUUGUUGCAGAUUAGACUUGCUGGGAUUUGGGUGUGUGUGAGGACAUGUCUAUGUUUCUAGCCAGAAAAAUGUCUCAGAAACAGAGCGCUUUGAACAAACAUGUACAGGUGACAUGAUUUAAGACCAUUAACAGCUGUACAAAAACUUGAAGCUAUUUGGGAGGGAUGUGCUGUUGCCUCAGGCUACAUCAAACCAUCCACAUGACAGAAAAUACACACUUCCUUAGCAGUGUAGGAUGUUUGUGGUCUUAUGAAGUUAAACACAUUAUUGCAAAAGAAAAGGCGACCCGUUUUCUUUUUCUUGUUAUGUCAGGUGUAUUCACUGUGAAAGGAAAACUUUAAGAAAAGAAGGCAGACAAAUCCAGUUUUGCCCUUCCGUCCCAAGUGUUUGAUAGUGCUCCCUUUUAUUCAUCUUAGGCUGAGAGUGGAGCACUGAGUGAAAGGGUCUUUAUUAUUCCUUUUCUCUUUUAAUGGGAAAGGUACAGGUAGCUGCCAGGUCGAUUUAGUGAAAUGGAGGCAGAGUGGAUGGAGGAAUCUCCUUAUCUUAUCUAUCUGGGGUCCUCUUGUGUAACACUGAUCCGACUUUGAUUAUUAAGUUUUGAACAAAGGGAGUUCAUGAGAAAUUAGCUAAUAUUCUGUUUGUUCAACCUUGUCUGUGACUAGUAUAUACCUGGUUUUUAAACAGGGCCACUCCCAACACAAGUCUGAACAAAGAAAGUAUUUUCUUUCUGGUGGGUUUCCUUUUCUUUCUACAUCAGUUAUUCUGUCCUGAAGUGCAGUAUGUUCAAGAAAUGUUUGAGGUAUUUUCUCUGUAUGUUCUCCACAGGUAACCGCCCUGGUGAUGGUGUCCAUCGGUGUGUACGCCCACAAAAUGAAACAUGCAGGUAAACAAUCCUUCACUGGGAGAGAAUAGAGUCUUUCUUUGUCUUUGGAGGGAGACCAUGCCUAACAAACUUGACCCUCAUCUCCUCUUCUCCCCCUUAGAGACGGCUUUAGCAUCUCUCUCUGUGGACCCUGCCAUGAUGCUGAUGGUGGUGGGGGUCUUUAUAUUCAUCCUUAACUUCUGUGGUUGGGUGGGCUCCCUGAGAGAAAACAUCUGCCUCCUGCAGACAGUAAGUCAUGACCUUUCUAACACCACAGGUUGCUGCACAUUCUACCAAGCAGCAGAGAUAGAAAGUAACAGCUGGUUGUUCAGUGACUCAAGAUAUGAUGAAAUUUGUUUUCUUCAAAAUUGUAUUAAGUGCUGUAAAUGUGUCUCUCUCUUUCCUCCUGCAGUUCUGCAUCAGUCUGAUAGUGAUCUUUGUGCUGCAGCUGGUUGCAGGAGUCCUGGGCUUUGUUUUCUCUGAUAAGGUAAUGAAACUAUAUAAAUAAUGAUUUUUAAUUAGAAUAAAGAUGUAUCCACUAGAGUUUGUUAUCAUCUGUGAGAGGAAUGUCUGCUACUUAACACCUUAAUUAAAUGGUUUAAGUUAAAUGUGAAGAGUCUUGGUGUAGUCCAGGGGUGUCAAACUCAACCACAACAAUCUGGAUUUAGGUCUAACCUGAGGGCCAAACAGGGUCAACAAUUCACCAAAACUGUCAACCUCCUUUCCACAAAAUAUGAAACAAAAACAGCAAUGAUUAUAAAUCAUUUGAAAAUUCAAAAACGAUAAGUUUAAAGGCAAUCUGAGAUAGAAAAAAAUAUUUGAUUUUAGUUUUUUAUUCUAUUUUUAUUUAUUAGUUCAAAAGAUCAGAGCAUGAUCUUAAAAAUAGAAAAAUAAUGCAUUUAAAGAGCAAAUACAUGAGAAGAACGUUGAAAUCAGGUUUAAAAGGUCAAAAUAUGACUUAAAAUUUAAAAUUGAAAUUUAAAGUAUAAAAAUGACACAAGUCUAAAUACUGAGUUGAACAAAAUCAAAGCAUGAAAUAAAAACCCAGUCAUGUUUGACUUGUAAUCUUGUAAUGCAAAACUUAAAACAUGAAAUAAAACACCAAAUAUUUUUCCCCCACAGUCUUGACUAUUUAUCAAAUCUUUCUUACUCUUUAGUUUCCCAUAUUUUUCGUGGUUUAUCAAGGACAUUUUUACUGGAGGAAAUCUGCAGACUUCAUACUCCAUACUUGUUCCAUGGGUCAGAUUUGGCCCCAGGGCCUUGAGUUUGACACCUGUGGACUGUAGUCUUUUUCGGUUCUUUUCUGACCAGUCAAGGUGAUAAAACACCGCCCUCUCCUGGUUUUUGUCUAUAGCUGCUACAUAAUUUAGAUAAACUUCUUGUUGAAGCUGAAAAUUAUAACUCUCGUGAAUUCACAACUAUGAUCUAAAAAUGUAGGACUUUCUUUUGGAUAUGAACAACUAAAUUCUUGCACAUUUAUUACGUUAAUUAUAAUUAAUACAUUACAUCUUUUUUCUUAUGACUUUAUGACUUUCUUCUUAUAAAAUCAUGACUGUUUGCUAAAGGAUAACUUUUCAAUCCUUAAUGUGGUCCCAAUCCUUCACUUUGUUGGCAGCAAAUACUGCUCAGAAUAGGCUUUAUUUUAAACAGGAUUUGGAUCCUCAAGAAUUUUGAUUGAAAGAGAAAUAUUAAAAUCUGAUGUUAUUGGUGUAAGGAGUGAAAGACUGUUGUCUAGAAAAUUUGAUAUUUUAUCAUCCAAGUGGUUCAAUGACAAAAAAUCUGCUCAAACUAUUGUUUUAUCUAAUGCAGCUUUCUUUUCAUUCUACAGAUAAGAAUUUCAGAAAUCCACAUUCAAACACUUUGUGUAUCUAAAAUGCACAUUUUUGUACAUAUUAUUCAGUUCUUCCUUUUUUAUGUUCCUCUGCCAAGGCUCGGGAAAAACUGACUGGUAUCAUUGAUAAUGCCAUUGUCCACUACAGAGAUGAUAUCGAUCUCCAAAACCUGAUUGAUUUUGCCCAGGGAGAGGUAAGGGUUUUUGACUAUUAUUUUUGCCACCUGGUCACAAGUAGCAUGUGGAUGUUUUUUCACCAACACUUUUUAUGAACUCAGCUCUUAUAAUGCAUCAUGAGCUCAUUUGUAAAGCCUUAUAAAUGCAUCUGUAAGGCUCGAUAGAGACCCUUAUGAGUGAUAAUAAGCAUUUAGAAGAGCUAGUGCCAAUGUUUAUGAAGUAUUAUAACCAUAAUGCCUUAUUAAGAUUUGGUGUAUUAUAAAUCAUGCCUCAAUGCACAGGGUAAAAUGCUGUUAUAAAUACCUACUAUCACUAAUAACAGUUGUUAUAGAGCCGUUUGUAAGGCUUUAAAAAUGUACUUAUGAUAACUUUUAAGAGAUGGGGUCAUAGAAGGUGUUACCAUAUUUCUUCUAUAAACAGAUAACUGUCAUGUCUCCCUCUAAAAUGUGUGUCUGUGUGUUCAGUUUGGCUGCUGUGGGUCUGUGUCCUACGUUGACUGGUCUCAGAACAUGUACUUCCAGUGUGACAAAAAUAAUCCCAGCCAAGAGCGCUGCUCCGUCCCCUACUCCUGCUGUGUCAUAACCAAACAAAAGGUCACCUUCUUCUUCACACUGGAUCAUACUUUUUUUACUGAGUUGUACAGUCACAUUACACCAUUUAUUCAUCUAUUUGUCUUUUAACUCUCUGUGUCCUUGCGCAGGAGGUUAUAAACACCAUGUGUGGUAAGGACAUGCAGAACUAUGAAUAUGGUCAGGCUGGAAGUUUCAUUUACACCAGUGGCUGCAUAGACAAAAUGUCGGACUGGAUCCACAGCAACAUGUUUCUGCUGGGAGGUGUCGCUCUUGGACUAGCUUUACCACAGGUACAGACGGGACGAAAAUACAAAUCAAUACAUUCAUUCUGCUCCAGACACUACAACGUAAUAACUCUCUUUUUUUUUUCCCUGCAGCUUGUUGGCAUUGUCUUGUCUCAGAUUUUGAUCAACAUGAUUUCCAGUGCAGAGUGAGACACAUAAGUUUAAGCAUCGCUCAGAUCCGAGGAGUCAACAGAAGCAGAUCACACCAGAAUCUGAUGAAAGGUUGUGCUCGUAUUUGGUCAAUGCCUUUUCACCGAUUAUCACUCCAUCAUCAGUGAUAUUGCUCUUGGGUUUAAAAACACAAUAUUUGUGUGAAUCCAGCAAAUGGACAAGCGUGUGAUGUGUUUUUGCUAGUUGGCCUGUAAGAGGUGUGCUUUGAGCAUAGAAGUCUGAAUGAUGGAGAGGAAGGACUUUGUCACCACCUACUGGACAGUACCAUGCUUAAAUCUACCAAACACAUUUGCAUCGUGCCUAAAUUCUUUUUUAUCAUGAUUUUUUUUACCACUUAACCAGAGCAUGAAAAGUUGCUUUGGUUCUGCAGUACCAGAGUUGUCUUACUGUGAAAAUAUUAGAGCAUUUUUAAGCAAUGUAACUGAGCAUAGAGUCUAACAUUUUUUCAUUGCAAAAAAAAAAAAAAAAAAAAGAUGGUUGUUAAAUAACGC